GACAUGUCAAAAAUCAAUUUGCAGAGGGCGCUGUAAAUUGCUCGGCCACGUAAGUCAGGGUCGUAUUUUUCUUGACUUUAUUGCUUUAAUUACGUUAUUUUACGCUCCCUUUUAAUAUGUGAAAACAGUGCAAUAGUGUAAAAGUGCGUGUACAGUUUUCUGUCUCAAUAUUCCGUUCCGAUCGCGAUUGAGGAACGAUGUCCAAUUUACCACCAAACCCGUAUAGCAACUUGCCCGGGGCUCCGCCGUCGAACGCCAACAUGGGGCUACAGCCACAGCUGUUCAAUCAGAUCCCUCCUCUCAGCCAGCUGCCUCCCGGCUAUGGACAAAAACAGGACACAAACUCAAACACUCCACAACACCUGCCAACGAUGCCCCAGAAUAACUUCGCCCGACAAGCUCCAAAUGUGAAUCAUUUCAAUCAAAGUGGAAGCAAUUCACCAGCAUUCAACAGUUCAGGAAUGAUGCCACCUGUGCAAACUAGUUUAGGCUCGUCUCCAAUAAGACCACCAUUAAAACCGAUGACUCCAACUGGAUACCAGAAUUCUCAGCAUGUUCCUCUCUCGUCAGCCAGCCCACAAACAGUGUCUAAUGCAAAUCCUUCUCCUAAUCCAUAUCCUCCUAACAUUCCACCUCAACAAAGACAGAUUAAUGACAAUGCACCUCCACUCAUUGCCUCUAGUCAGUUCCAACCUGUCAUGAAUGGUCCAGGUCCACAAAGCCAGUACCCAGUGUUUUCGAGUGCACCACAAACAGUGUUACCACCUAAUGUGAACAGUGCCUACAGACCUAUACUUGGACCACAAAUUCCAAAAGGAACGGGCUCUCCACUACCACCUGGCCCUCAAGCACCAGCCAGUCAAGCUAACAUACCAUUUUCUGGGCCUCUGCAACCAGGGCAGAUGAGAAGCAGCCCAUUAAUAUCUAGUCCUCCCUUGAGUAGUCCAUCAACAAGUGCUCCAAUCACAAAUGCACCUACAGCGGCUCCAUCAAAUGUGCCUUUAGGAGUGAAUGGACCAUCAAGCCAACCAGCGAGACAACCACAAGGUCCACCUAUAUCUGUGUCUAGUGUGGGGCCACCAAUGGCUCGUCCACCAAGUGGCCCACCAUCUACAGGUGGGUCAGUUCAUCCACCUGUUAGUGGUUCUCUUGGACCAGGCAUGCCACCAAAACAGAUGUUCCCAGGUCCUAAUUUAAAUGGACCUUCAGGACCAACACAACCUGCAAGACCACCUGGUUCUUUCCCUCCAGGUUCAUUCCCAGCUCCUAAUCAACCACCAUUGCAAGGUCCUCCUUCUGGACCACAGAGCUUACCACCUAUCAGUCUCCAAAGUUUACCACCUACAAGUCUACAUCAGUCUGGUGUGCCUAAAAUGCCACCUGGACCACCAGGACCUUUAAACAUGCAGUCUGGACCAACUAGCAUGCCCCCUGGUCCUUACAAUAUGCAACCAGGGCCCCCUAACAUGCCUCCCGGGCCUUCAAACAUGCAAUCUAGGCCUCUGGGACCUCCAAAUGUUCAACCUGGACUUCAUAACAUACCUCCAGGACCAAACAUGCAAGCAAGACCUGGCAUGCCCUCUGGGCCAAUACAAUCAGGAACCAAUGUGCCACCGGGAAUGCCGCCUAUGCCUGUACCUCAAAGCACGCCUGGAGUCCCAGCAGGGCCACCUAAGAGCAACAUGCAGAACAGAUAUCCACAAAUGCCUCAGAGCAACUUAAACAACCAGCCAAUGAUGCCUCCGCAACCUAGUAUGGCUCAACCUGGUAUGAACAGACAGUAUGCCCAACCACAAUACAAUGCUCAGCAGUAUAAUACCCAGGGUAUAACGCAGCAGAUGGGUCAGUUGAGCGUCACGAAACAAGGCUUUGACCAGCUCUGGGGUCACCAGAUGAUAGACUUGCUGCAGUGUACAAAUAUCUUGCCGGAGUACGCAGAGGAACCACCGGAGAUACGGCUCGGCCACCAGUUUGCAGAGUCAUCUAACUGCAGUCCAGAAAUCUUCCGGUGUACGAUAAACCGUAUACCCGAGACGAACAGUCUGCUGCAGAAGUCGCGCUUGCCCCUAGGAAUACUAAUCCAUCCAUUCAAGGAUCUCAAUCACCUCCCGGUAAUACAAUGCUCCACGAUAGUGCGGUGCCGCGCGUGCCGGACGUACAUCAACCCGUUCGUGUACUUCGUGGACGCGAAGCGAUGGAAGUGCAACCUGUGCUACCGGGUGAACGACUUACCCGAAGAAUUCCAAUACGACCCCGUGAGCAAGUCGUACGGCGACCCGACGCGGCGGCCCGAGAUCAAGUCCGCCACCAUCGAGUUCAUCGCGCCCGGCGAGUACAUGCUGCGCCCGCCGCAGCCCGCCGUCUAUCUCUUCCUGUUCGAUAUCUCGCAGAUCGCCAUGGACUCGGGGUACUUGCAAGUAGUAUGUGAGACCCUGAAGAACAACCUAGACCAGUUACCCGGCGACGCUCGCACGCAGGUGGGCUUCAUCUGCUACGACUCGCACGUGCACUACUACCUCAUGAGCGAGGGGCUCACGAGGCCUAAGGAGAUGACUGUGCUGGAUAUUGACGACAUAUUUUUGCCGUCCCCCGAGUCGCUACUAGUGAACCUGGGCGAGCGGAAGGAGCUCGUGAAGGAGCUGCUGGCCGUGCUGGGUGCGAGACACAGCGCCGGCGCCGCCGGGCCCUCCGCGCUGGGCGCCGCGCUGCAGGCCGGGUACAAGCUCAUGGCGCCGACAGGAGGUCGCAUCACAGUGUUCCAGACAUGUUUACCGACCAUCGGACCCGGGCGGUUAGAAUCAAGGGAAGACCCCAACGCGCGGUCAUCGAAAGAUGUGGCGCACUUAAAACCGGCCACGGACUUUUACAAACGCAUCGCGUUGGACUGCAGCGGAGCCCAAGUGGCCGUCGAUCUGUUCUUGCUCAGUUCGCAAUACAGCGAUUUGGCGACAUUAAGCGGCAUGAGCAAGUUCAGCGGCGGCACGGUGUACCACAUCCCGCUGUUCAAGGCGAGCCGCUCGUGGCAGGCCGCCACGCUGGAGCGGAUGCUCACACGGUACCUCACGAGGAAGAUCGGCUUCGAGGCCGUCAUGCGGGUCCGCGCCACGAGAGGUAUCUCCAUCCACACGUUCCACGGCAACUUCUUCGUUCGCUCCACGGACCUGCUGUCGCUGCCCAACGUGUCGCCGGACGCAGGCUUCGGCAUGCAGCUCGCGAUAGAAGAGUCGCUGUCCGAUCUACAGCAAGUCUGCUUCCAGGCCGCGCUCCUGUAUACUAGUAGUAAAGGUGAAAGAAGGAUACGAGUGCACACACUGGCGCUGCCCAUAGCCAACACACUCACGGACGUACUACACUCGGCGGACCAGAUGUGUAUUAUAGGACUACUUAGUAAAAUGGCCGUGGACCGAUGCGUGGACGCGUCCAUGUCGGAGGCGCGGGAAGCGCUGAUUAACGUGGCCAUCGACGCGCUGUCCGCGCACCGCCUGGCGCAGAACCUGCCCGCCGGCAGCGCCAGCUCCGCGCUGCACGCGCCGGCCUCGCUGCGCCUGCUGCCGCUGCUGCUGCUGGCCUUGCUCAAAAGGAAAGCGUUCCGAACAGGCACGUCGACGCGAUUAGACGAUCGCGUGGCCGACAUGUGCGACAUUAAGUCCCUACCACUACCACAACUAAUACGAGCCGCGUAUCCGCCUCUCUAUCCGAUACACGAGCUGUGUAAUAUGAGGGAAGAGGACCCCAUGCUGCCGCAGCUCAUGCUCAGUGCGCAGAGGAUAAACGCAAACGGCUGCUACCUUCUAGACGACCUAGACACGAUGAUCAUCUACGUGUGCCACGGCGUCUCCCCCGCCUACCUGUCAGAGACCUUCGGCGUGGCCGCCUUCAGCCAAUUACCUGACGAAGCCAGAAGUCUACCUGCUAUAGAGACGGACGCGAAUGAAACGCUGCACGCGUUCAUUGAGAAGCUUAAUGAAGACCGGCCCUAUGAGUCCGGGAUACUUGUUUUAAGAGACAACUCACCCUCGCGGCACCUGUUCAUCGAGCGGCUCGUCGACGACCGCAUGGAGUCCUCCUUCUCCUACUACGAGUUCUUACAACACGUCAAGCAGCAGGUCAAAUGAUAACGUCAACGAUUGACUAGACGCACACAACUGAAAGUGAAUCUUAUUGCUAAGACGUAAGGUCUACUAACGAGCGACGAGUUUGCGCGGCGGCGGCAUCGGCGAGCGGCGGCCAUAACCUCCUGAGUCCCUGAGGCCAUUAUAAAGGACUUAAUCCAAAUGGAAUUUUAAAUUAAAAUGGUAUAUAAGAAGGUUCCAAAUUCAAAACUGCAAUAAUGACAAGGGGGACUCAGGAGGAUAGGUUGAAGAGAGAAACGGCGAUCCGAUCUUUCGUUCUCAACUGCUGCGGCGGCCGUAGGUUGAAAUGAGACACAGCGAUCUGACCUUUCGUUCUCUAUGGCUGCCGCUCGUCGCUGUCGCUGCCGCGUGUAGUCGUGUCUAGGUCGUAAUGAUCAGUUGAGCGUAGUGUUGGUUAAGCCUCGGGUCCUUCGAGUCCUCUGUUUAAUACUCGACUCUGUUUUUCAGACUUAUAAUUAUGGCACCCAAGAUAUUUUCAACUUGUUAAAGACUUGAGUCUUCUGUAGAGACUUGAGUCCUUCUCAGAGAACACUCAUUAUUUUACAAAAAAUAUAAUCAUAAUGCACAUGGGUUAUUAGGUAAACAAAUCAUACAAUAACGCGUAGUUUCUUUACUAUAUUUUAGAUAGAACCUAUUAAAUUGUUGAUGGAGUCUUUAACCCUUAUGAGUUGCGCUUAAAAAAUAUUCAAUAUAUUUAGGACUGGGCGGAUUUCCGUAAAAACGAGUCGUGUAGUCUCCAUCAAAUAGAUCGGAGCAGCCAAGGUGGUCACAGAUAUCUCGACGCUCUUUUGCCAAGGCGUUAAAGUGCGUGUUCAGAUAUUUUUGAGCACCUCGGCCGCUCCGAUGUAUCUGAUAGCGACUGCACCAACACUAUAGUUAAUCGUGCGUCACACAUCGCUACGUGGCGUUGAGGUAUCGACAUUUCUGAAGAUUGUAGCUAUACAAAAGUUAUGUAGUGCUAGUUAUCUGUGCUUUGAAACACGGGUGUAUUUUGUCGGAUAAUUCAUUCGUUUGAACAAUACUUUUAUGAAAGCGAUUCUAUGUUGUUAUUUUAAGAAAUCUUACCUAUUCUUCGUAUUUAUUUUGCUUAUUAUAUUGACAGUUAAGAUUUCUUUCAGAAAUCGAUUAAAAAAAUGUUACUAGGACGGAUGUAUUUUCAAUGAAAAAUGUCUAUUAAACCUCGUUUAAAUUGCUAUUAAAUGAUACAUUGAAUCUUAUUAUCUUAGCUUAACUUAAAAAACAAUGCCUUAUAAGGACCACCCCACACUAGCGUCUUUUGAGCUAGUGUGGGGUGGCUCUAAAGCAUAUCGCGUGAAAGGGGGUUUUUAGAAAAGAUUGUACCGUUUACUUUUUUUUGAUAAACCAUCAACUUUUGGGUUAUUAGACUCAGAAUCACGAGUACUAUUGAAUGAGAAAAAAGAAAAAAGUGUCCCCAGUUUUUCAUACAAAUUUUGGGUGUCAGUUUUGUAAUGGUCCAUAUAAAAUCUAUGUAAAAAUGCGUUACUAAACUGCCAUUUUUUUUCUUUUUAAAUCGAUACUCCUCGUGAUUCUGAAUAGAAAUAACCCAACAGUUGAAUGAUUUUCGAAAAAAAGUAAAUAGUACAGUUUUAAGUGAAAAUGCCCGAAAACGUUACGUCAACGCUAUGUUAUCGAUGUGUACACGACUACAAUACCUACUAGCUGAACAAUAGCUAUCGGCCUUGACUGUGUUGAAUAAUUGUUCAAAUCUAAAAACGUGACACCUUCAUUGUAACAUUUAUCUAAGUUAUACGAAUUAUACUAUGGUUUAAAA